CAAACAUACAAAGUACAAACAACACUUAAUCUUCAUUUCAUAUUCAUUUAGUUUAUAACUCAACUUUUUCAUAGAAGAUGGAUUCACAAAAGAUGAACUACAAUGCUGGCCAAGCCCAGGGCCAAGCUCAGGAAAAGGCAAACACCAUGAUGGACAAGGCCGGCAAUGCUGCUCAAUCAGCUAAAGAAACAGCACAACAGGCUGGGCAGCAAGUAAAGGAAAUGGCACAAGGAGCUACUGAAGCUGUCAAGAAUGCAACAGGGAUGAACAAAUAAUUUCAAUGAAGCUAAAUGGAUGAUUAAGCCAAAUUUAGUUUCUCUUAAAUAAAAUUUGUUCAUUUGCUUAAUUAGUUUGCAAGAACAUUUUAUUUUUCAAAUGUAAUGAUUCUACAUUUCCAUAAAUGAGUAUAUUCAAGUUUCAAA